GCUGAAUGAGUGAAUGUGUUUGUACAGCUGUGUGUCUACCUUUCACGCCGCCAAACUGCGUCGCCUUGCGGGGGGAUACUCACGCAAUCGCAUCGCCUUGACCCACGCUGCAGCAGGACCAUGCUAACGCGGGUGAAAUCGGCGGUGGCCAAUUUUAUGGGAGGUAUGAUGGCUGGUGGAUCUAACGGAGACCAUCCCGGAGGCUCGGACCUGCCGCUGAAAUACCCGUACAGCAGACCGGAGUUCCUGGGUUUGUCCCCCGACGAGAUUGAGUGCUCGGCGGAUCACAUUGCACGACCGAUCCUCAUCCUGAAGGAGACCAAGAGGCUGCCGUGGGCCACCGGCUACGCAGAGGUGAUCAAUGCAGGAAAGAGUGCGUUGAAUGAGGACCAGGCCUGCUGCGAGGUGCUGGUGGUCAAACGGAGACCCUCAGGAUGCUCCACACCCAACCGGACCUCCCUGGCCCGCAGGAGGUCUUCCCUGCCAAACGGAGAGGGUCUGAGCCCCCGGGACUGCAAUGACAGCUCUGAAGAGUUAACGCUCCACUACUGGGCGAUGUUCGAUGGCCACGCAGGCUCCGGGGUGGCUGUGAUGGCUUCCCGCCUCCUGCAUCACCACGUGGCCCUGCACCUUCAGGAGGUGUUGGAGAUCAUCUGCACUCCCAACCUGCUGCCCCCUACGUGCCUGGGGGAGGAGCCUAUCAAUCACCACCUCACCCCGACGUCCCAGCGCGCCCUCACCCGGGCUGCCUCGCUCCGCGGCGCCGCAGGGGCUCCGGGCUCGCCCAGCACCCCCCCCACACGCUUCUUUACGGAGAAGAAGGUUUCACACGAGAGCCUGGUGGUCGGAGCCAUCGAGAACGCUUUCAAAGACAUGGAUGUGCAAAUAGAGAAGGAGAAGGCCGUCUACAACAUCUCAGGGGGCUGCACUGCUCUGGUUGUCGUCUAUAUGCUCGGGAAGCUCUACGUUGCUAACGCUGGGGACAGCAGAGCUAUCAUUAUCCGGGCAGGGGAAGUCAUCCCCAUGUCAGCAGAGUUCACACCCGAGUCAGAGAGACAGCGACUGCAGUUCCUGGCCUACAUGCAGCCCCACUUAUUAGGAAACGAGUUUACACAUCUGGAGUUCCCGAGGAGAGUCCAGAAAAAGGAGGUGGGGAAGAGGAUGCUGUACCGUGACUUCACCAUGUCAGGAUGGGCGUAUAAAACCAUAGAGGACGAUGACCUCAAGUUUCCCCUGAUCUACGGCGAAGGAAAGAAGGCUCGUGUGUUGGCGACCAUCGGCGUCACCAGAGGUCUCGGGGACCACAACCUGAAAGUGCACGACUCUAACAUCUACAUUAAGCCCUUCCUGUCCUGCUGCCCAGAGGUCAAAGUGUACCCUCUGGUGGAGUGCGAGCAUGGGGCUGAUGACGUUCUGGUGCUGGGAACCGACGGUCUGUGGGACGUCCUCUCUAACCAGGAAGCGUACGAAGCCAUCAACCUGUUCCGCAACUGCGACCCCGACGACCAUCACAGGUACACAAUGGCAGCUCAGGACCUCGUGAUGAGAGCACGAGGGGUGCUGAAGGAUCGAGGCUGGAGGAUAUCCAACGACAGAUUGGGCUCUGGAGACGACAUCACUGCCUACAUCAUUCCCCUCAUGUACGGCAACAAGCAGAACUAGCCCAGCUACGAAACGUAACCAUGCCUUUGACUUCUGCAGAUCCCCUCGUCCCCUGUGCUCUUUUUAAAGUGCUUUAGUGUGGAAUCCUCUGCUGAGGGAUCCAAGAUGUCUCUGGUCACAAAUGGGAUGUUUUUUUUUUUGUUACCCCCUUGAUAAUCCUCAAUCAGGAUGAUCUCUUUUUGUCUGGUCCUUUUUAUAGAAAAAGAAACAUGAAAAGCAGUGGAAGAGCUUUUUUUUUCCUUUCAAAUCUCGAAGAAGCCAUCUUGUAGUGGGGGAAGCCUAAGGUUGGGAGCAUUAGACUCAUGGACAGACGUGGUGAUGUGCAUCUCAGGAUUGCAAUUACUAACUAAUGCACAAUAUUUAUAAAUGUGAAAAUGUAAAUAAUCCUAGGUGUAAAACAUUCGGUAAGUAUGUUUAGUUGAGCACUUGUACAGUGUAAAAGAAACUAACCUGGAGACUGAUGUCCUGCAUAUAUGAAUCAUAAGUCCUCUGUUCCAGCUUUUUAAUUAGCUACGUUCAAUCAUCUGCUAUUCUUAGUCUGGACAGUAUGUCUCCUGAUGCUGCACUUUCAAUACCUUACUUAUAAUGAAGGAAUACUGAUUCCGUUAAAUGAAGGAAUAUAAAUAUGAAGACAGGACCAGUUCCCUAGUACUCCCUAGGAUACUAAUUAUAGUAUUAAAUCAAACCCAGAUUUAAGAAGGAAAAGUCUUUCUGUUCCAUCCAUUCUACCUCAUCAUUUAUUUCCUUUUAUUGUAUAUUCUGCUAACUCAUACUGUCAUAGUCCUCUUCUCGUGGCUGUUUUGCAUGCUACAAUCAGGUGCAUCGUCAGCUUGCUUCCUGUGCCAUUAUUCGAGUUACAUUGUUAUACUGUACCUGCAAGGUUUGUAAAAACGUCUUUAGAGAAUCUCUCAAGAAAGUAAAAACGCCUCACAGGGAACUGUGUGAUAGGUAAAGUGUUGUACAAGAUAUAUAUUUUUCAUAUUAGGCUCAAAAACCCUUUGUCAUGCACUCAUGUUUACCCUUUUCUCAGUAUCCGUUGGAUGUAUGGUUCCUAAUAAGAAAAACCCCAACGUUAUGAAUAGCAGGUGCCUAUAAUAGAGACAAUUGUUUUUAAUGUGUCACUCGAAAGGAAGUAUAAGACUAUCACUGCAGACAAUUCAUUAGACAGCAAUUACCCUAUGUGUCUACAAUCAAUAUUGUUGGCUGAAUCCGUGGCGUUCCAUAUUUUGGUUUAAUUGUAGUUUUCAGCUUGUCAACGUGUUGUAACCUAAAGGCUGUACGAGUGGCUGAAGCUGGUGAACAAUGGAACAGAGUAAUUGAAUUUAAAUGUAAAAAUGUAAAUAACGUUUCAAGUGUAUACUUUUCUUGUUUCUUUUACUGUUGGUAAUGUACAUCUUACUGAACACUAUUUGUACUGUUUUGGAAACCAAGGAACAGUGACAACAAAUUAUGCUCUUUUUUUCUGCUCUAUUAAAAACAAUUAACCUUU